GCAACUCCGGGUAGAUUCAUUGCAUCCCAGGCUCCUCGCCGCUUCGUCCUGCGGGCGAUACCCGCGCGGCUGUUCUUUUCGCAGGUGGCGAGGAGUUUGAAACUGCUGGCUCAGCAUGUGGUGCGGCGGCGCAGCCGCAAUGGUGGCCUUUUGCGCCGGACUUUGGGUCUCUAACCCGGGGCGGGUGCAGGGCCAGGAGGCCUGGGGGAUCCCGGGCGCCGACUGUGAAGUAUGUCAAGAAUUCUUGAGUCGAUUCUACAACUCUUUGAUAGCCAGAGGAGUCAACUUUUCUCUGGACACCAUAGAAAAAGAAUUGAUCAACUUUUGCUUGGAUGUCAAAGGAAAAGAAAACCGCCUGUGCUACUAUCUAGGAGCAACAAAAGAUGCCGCUACGAAGAUCCUAAGUGAGGUCACUCGCCCGAUGAGUGUGCACAUGCCUGCUGCAAAGAUAUGUGAGAAGCUAAAGAAGAUGGACAGUCAGAUCUGUGAGCUGAAAUACGAAAAGAAACUGGACUUGGCAUCAGUGGACCUGUCCAAGAUGAGAGUCGCAGAGCUGAAGCAGAUACUGCACGGCUGGGGAGAAGAGUGCAGGGCCUGCGCAGAAAAAACCGACUACGUGCAUCUCAUCAAAGAACUGGCGCCCAAGUAUGCAUCGACGCGCCCCCAAACAGAACUCUGACUCCUGGAAGCCAGCGCACCACUGGCUGUAACUAGUGACAAAAUGCCUCUCUAGGAUAUGGAUGCACUGGUUGAGAGGAACCAGGAAUUUCAGUAUGUGUGGUCUCAGACUUUUUGUUUGGAUAUGACACUUCAGAAUUGGUUACCUGGGUUUAUAAGUAGAACUGUUAGUAUUAGUGGUUUCUUAAAUCUGCAGUGUACCAAAACUUA